AUGGGCUUGCCUUCGCUUUUAUUCUCAUCAAUCAGAAUCCCCAUGGACAGGACGGAUGAGUAUCUAAAACACAUAGACACCAGCUCCCAGGUUCCUCUCCAAUCAUCCGAAAAAACAUUCUACGAUGCAAUCAUCACCAAAAUAGAGCACAUCAGCAAAAGGCUUGCAAAGUCGUUGUCCUACAAAGAGCUUCUUGCAGUUGAGGAGCAGUUUUUGUCUCUGGCAUCAGAAUCACAGCAGACAAUCGAUUCCAUCUCGUUACAGGGCUCAAACGACCUUGUUCUUCACUUUGAAGGCAUAAAGAAGAUCAUCUGCAUGAAUCUAAAGGCACUUGAAGACAGGAUUGCAAAGCUCAAGGACAAAAAGAUGGGCAUGUCUGUGGACCUUGAUCCUGAAAGGCCGCAAACAUUCAAACAAAUCGACCAGGUACAGGCAAUGGAAGAAGAAAACAAAAGGCUGGUUGAAAAAUACAGCAUUGAGGGAUACAGGCUCACAAGGCAAAGGCUGCUUGAGGUUGAAGCUCUGCAAGACACAAUAUUCCAGCAUCUAGUCCUACAGGAUGAAAGAAUAGAUGGCAUCGUGGACAUUGCAUCAAGGGCCGGUAAGUGCGUUUCAAAAGGGAAUGAUGCGCUGGAUAGAGUUGGCGAGUCUGGAAAGCUCUUUCGCAGGUUAUUGUUUAUUCUACUGCUUUGCAUGUCGUUCAUCUUGGUUUUCCUUCACUACUACUACAGAUAA